GUUCAUUUUGAAAUGGGGGAGCCGACUGUGCUUGUUGGGUUAAUUCUUGGUGUUUUCGUAGCCGCGUUUUUCGCGAUUGCGUUCCUUGUUUACAAACUUAGGAUCUUACACAAGUAUAUUUACAAGGUAAGAAUGUUUCAAGUCAAUUUUGUCUGGAAGAUUUUUUAUAUAUAGAACCUAAAUUUAUAAAUUACAUUCAGCCUAUCUCAGACGUGUCACGAUCACAUGACAUUUGAAUAAAAAUUUGCAGUAUCGAAUAACUUAGGACCUUUUUUUGCACGGAGAGAGGGUAACUCUUGUGCUAGGAUUACUGUAGCAAGCAGGUUAAAAAUAUCUCUGGUUUGCAAGCAAAAUUUCACAGGUAGGCUUAUCCAAUCAUGAUGACUCAAAAUUAUGGGGAUAACGCUAUCAUCUGGAUAAAUCUCUGUCCAGUGGGUAAUGCAAUAUUGGUUUCCCUAAUACUCUUCCACUAAGUAGUGAUUUAUUUGGUGGAUAGCGCUACAUAAUUUCAGGGGCUGGUCAUUUAUUACCCAUAGAAGAUUUUCAAACCAACUCCCCACUUCAUCCCUGCUUUUUAGAAAUGACCCCCCCACUUAAAUUUUACACAUUGUGAAAGUGACCCCCACCCCCACUCCAGUGGUAUGUAGUUCACUACACACUGUUUGACUGAUGUUUUGACCUUAAAUCUUCUCAAUUAUUUUGUGAUACAAGGGGGAAGGGCACCUAAAAAAAUUUCUAAGGAAGAGGGGGGGUCAUCAUAUACUGCACGAGCUACCCAUCAACUUCCACCAGUCUCCCCUUCCCCUUAAAGGAAGAACGGUCACUAAGGUCAGUGUUAACUAUCGGAUGGUAGACUUGCCAUAGGGGGUGCUCAAUAAGCAAGCGAAAGCUAGCGACAAAGUCAUGAGUCAAGCAACGCAAACAGGCUGUGAGAAAGUCUAUAUUGCUGGUUGUUAUAUUCAGUUUUAAUUCACAUGUUAUUGCUUUGUGCUACUUUCAUGAUGUUUUUUAAGUGUCCUCCCAGAAAAUGCUCUAUUAUCUGAAAAGACUUCCCCAAACUAAUUAAGAUUUUGAAAAUGACCCUUCAGUAAAAUAGCGGGGCUUUGCUGUGUAGGAAAGAAUUCUUUAAUAAACAGUAACAUUUCCUUGCAUUUUAGCUUGAUGAAGACAGCAACAGGCACGGUGGCGAGUUAGUUGGGGAAGUGCUUAAGGUUAGUCUUCAUCGUUUUAUUACAGUGUAUGUUUUGGUUCAUAAUGAGAAUUAGACAGAGAGUUUCAGCCAAGUAUAAUAUUGAAUCACAACAUAUUAUCCAAAUGAUUUAAUGGCAUAAGUCCUUUUAAGGUAGCGAGUGGGUUUUACAUGAAGAGGAAAUCCGUUCUAAGGCUAAACCAGCAUUGUCUUUGUCUCAUAUAAUUAAUUAGGGCUAGGAAACAAAGGAAAUUUUAAUCAAACUAGUCCAAGACAGGGUGCAAAGAACAUCAUUUUUACAGCUUGCCAUUCAGGCAAGCUGAAGCUAGCAUUUACAAGCCCAGAUGUCAUUUCAGCUAGCCCCAAAAUCUUUUUGACAAGCAGAAUUGAUUUCACAGUUCUUCUGUUAUUCCAAUUGCUCAAAAAAUAUCACUUGCCUGUCGGGCAAGUUAAGAACAAAAUUCGCUUGCCUGAUAGCAAAAUCCACCAGCCCCAGGCUAUCGGACAUUACUUUCUUUGCACGCUGCCAAAAACUGGUUAUAGCUGAGUAUUAAAAUUUCAUACAAUAGUCAUUAAUCUUUACAUUAGACUCUCUGUGGGUUUCCAAUGAAAUCAAAGUCCCAACGAUUGCUAUUGAUGAAACCAGGAUCUUAGACAUCAAAACCAUGAUCGCCUUCCCUUUCGAUCUAGUGUGAUAGCAUUGGUUGUGCAAAAUCUGCCAAAAAGUGUGCUCUAUAUUCAUAUUAUUUUGCUCAUUAAAGAUGUUGUUUUUUUUAUUUUCUUGUUUCCAUCAUUAUCAUUGUGGUUGCUCAAACUGGCUAUUAGUAGCAUCUUUAAUACAGCAGAUGUCAUUUUUGUCAUGCCUUUUUUUGGAUAUAUUCCAAAAAAAAAUGCAUGAUAAAAAUGACAUCUGCUGAAGAACCUUCCCCUUACAGUGAAUAUUCUGUUACUUUUAUAGUCUCAUGGAGUCAAGUUUGUUUUCACCCUCUGUGGUGGUCACAUUUCUCCAAUUUUGGUUUCAUGUCAAAAUCUUGGAAUCAGAGUUCUUGAUACAAGACAUGAGGUUGGCGUUUUAUUUUUAUGCUAUGAAUUUUUAGUUAGGCUCCCUUUAGCAAAAAAAUGAUGUUUUUGUUUACUCAUCUGAUAUCUAUUCAUCAAUGUAUUUAAACAAGAAAGUAAAACCUAGAAUAUUGUACCUAGGUAACAGCUGUAUUUGCGGCAGAUGCCGUCGCCAGGCUAUCAGGUGUAGUGGGUGUAGCCGCUGUCACCGCUGGACCAGGUAAGAUUAAUGAACCUUGUACCACUUGCCUGCAGCUCAUGGUUCCACUUGAGUUUUUGAACAUUUUGACCUAAGAGUGAUUUUUAUGACCUUGAAAUGAAAAUGCACAACCAAAACAGAAACAGCAAACGAACAGAAAUAGAACGAUUUGAUUGGUUUAUUGAAUGGAUACAAAUGCACAUGGCUUUUGGUAGGGUAAGCAAAUGCUCAGGUGAAAAAACUUCAUGCCCAAAGAACUUUGUAGAAAUCAACCGAUACUUCGCUUUGAUGUCAUAGUGCAACACGAUUGGCCAAUCGAACAAUGCCUUCUCUAUAUUGGGAUUUUCUUUGGCGGGAAAACGAGGAGGCCAUGUUUUGAUCUUUUCGUCCAUAAUUGGCCGAUAAAACAAAUAACGAACGCCCCCCCUGACGAACACUAACCGAAACCAUUCUUCUAGGUCAUACAAAAAUCACUCUAUUUCUAUUUUUAUAAUAAUUAUUAUUUCAUAGCAUCUAUGGCACAUAAAAAGAAACAUUCAGAGUUAUGACAAUCAACCUUGUGAACCUUUCAGGAUUAACCAAUACUGUGACAGCUGUAAAGAAUGCACAAAUGGCAGAAUCCCCUGUUCUGUUGUUGGGUGGAGCAGCUGCAACUCUUUUAAAGGUCUGUGUUAUAAUGACGACACACUUUGAUAAUUAUUGCUUGUUGUAGUUUAUCAUUUCGUAACUUAUGUAUUUUUCCAGGGUCGUGGAGCUUUGCAAGAUAUUGAUCAGAUGAGCUUGUUCAAGCCUUUAUGUAAAUAUUGUGCUACAGUCACAAGGUAAUGACCGUCUUGUAAUUACUUUAGAGUUUAUUAGCUGAUGUACAUGUACAGCUGUAACUAAUGCCUACAGACGCUGCCUUAAAUUAUUCAUUUAUAAUCCAUCAUCAGGAGUGGUUCAAAUGGUGAAAUGCACUCAGCUUGAUAUAAUAGCUAAAUGUUGUUCCUUUCUAUAUUCACAGCUUUUUGUUUGUGUUUGGUUUGUAAGUCUGUAUUUUCUGUCAAUAGGGUAGCAGACAUUGUACCCGUUUUAAGGAAGGCCAUUCAGAUAGCUCAGUCAGGAACACCAGGUAACCAUUGCUUUUUUUAAAUUACUGCACCUCUUUUUUAAUUGUCAUUUAUGGAGCAAAAGGAUUAUUAAUUAUUAAAUAUUUCUCUAUUUCUGAUUGGCUACAAUCUCAUGCAUAAUUUAUCAUAACCAACUAUUGUUGUCCAAAUAUGGAAGAAUUUUGCAAUUAUACUGAACUGAUGACGUCAAAAGUGCAGAUUAUAAAAAACUGUUAACCAAGUAGACCAGGGGACGAGGUUGAGUUGUUUUGGUUGUGACUUCAAAAUGGCGAACAUUUCACUUGUUUCAAGAGUAAGAAAUAGGUGAACUAUUGGGUAAAAACAUGGCAAAACAGCAAGAAGGCAACUUGACAGAUGACAUCUGCAAUUUGGAGAAUAUUUGCACACCUGAAGAACUAGUUGUCUCCUAAAGUUGCUGAUAAACAUGCACUAUCGAUCAUGAACUUAACAUUGAUGAAGGUAAGCAUGUUUUAGCUUAUUUUGAAUGAAUAAUAAAACAAUUUUUUAAUUGGCUUUCGUAUCAUCUGAAGAAUUGUGGAAUUAUGUUAUCUGCCUACAGCCUCAGUAGGCAACACCCUCCUUGAUCUCCAUAAUUCUUCAGAUGACACGGAAAACCGAAUUCAAUAAUUUGUUAAAUAUCAACAACUCACACAAGGCUUUUUAAGCAACUCUCAAACCGAUUAUGUGCUCUAUGAAAAAUUGAGGGGAACCCAGUGCCCCGCACCUGUGAAAUUCAGGGUAGGUGCAAAAGUCAAGCCCCAGGGGCCACCAGACACUUUGACAGUACAGACUUACAAUAAGAAAAGGUAUUAAAAGGCACACAUGAGCCAAAGGCCUAAAUGGCUGGAGCUUAUCCCUGUUUCCUUUAGCAUGAAGCAUGCCAAGGAGUAUUGCUACUCCCCCCUGGACUGGAUGCUAGUCUAUCGCAGGGUUACCCCCCAGCAGUUUGUCGGCGGUACCCAUUUUAUACAUGUGGGGGCAGAAGAGAAACAAAAUGGAGAAAAGUUCCUUGUCUAAGGAAACAAUGCCACUGGCAAUGAUUGAACUUCCGGCCCUCCAGAUCUGGAGUUUGAGGCAUUCACAGCUUGGCCACUCACGCCUCUGCAACAUGUCUCUAGUAUCCCGGGCGCAAAGGUCAAGCCCCAGAGGGCACCAGGCUCUUCAAGAGCACCGCCUUACAAUAACCUAUUUUAAUCAAAAGAACAAGCAUUUUCAGUUUUUCUUCUUAAAUUGUAAAAUAUUAGUUUUUGCUCAGGUCGUCCAUCCGACCCCAUUUAUACUUAAAUACUUUAUCAGGAGGCACAACUUGUUUUUUCCUCUAUUGUCAGGGAAGAUUGGCUUCAUUUAUUUACUAAUUACAAAUUCCUUGAUUGGUUUCAGGUCCUGUAUUUGUGGAGUUUCCCAUUGACACACUUUAUCCUUACCCUAUAGUGAAGAAGGAGUCUGGAUUGAAGGUAACUACUUUCAUGUACUACCUGCAGGGUUUUCAAUAAGGUUUUAAGUAGGUCGCAAAAGCUUUGUAGUAGCCGGAGAAGGAAGAAACUCGCACCACAGGCACGACUUGCAAACACCAAAGCUGCGAGUUACUAGGGGGAUUGAGGGGCAUGCCCCCUGGAAAAAUUUUGAAAUCUGGGCCUCUAAGAAUGCAUUUCCAGCGUUUUGCAGCAAAAAUUAGAGUGUUUGAACAGAAUACAGACAUCAUUAAAUUUUGGCUUUUUGGGGGGUAAUUUCCAAAGAAAAGUCGGCGACAAGUCCACGUGAAAUAGCUGGCAAAUUUUGCCAGCUGCCAGCUCUUAUUGAAAACCCUGUACCUGGUAUGUAGUCAGUGUAGUUCUGAGUAGUAAUCAAAUAUCAUCUCACUCAGUGAUCUUGGUGUUUUAAGCAAUAAUUUGAUGGGCUCACUAUCUUGAGAUAUUCAGCAAUAUUCGCUCCUUAGCAAAAGCAUAACGCAUGUUUGUGAAGACAUUAAGGCAUUCAAAACGGCUUUAGCUUUCCAAUUUAUUGCUCAAUGUAGCGUUUAUAGUUGAUUCAAGUCGAAGAGACUGUUUUACAAACUUAGGAUUUCCUAACAAUGUCAACACUUGCAAAGAGCAUGCAAUACCAACACAGGCCAAUAUUCAAGAUACAGAGUAACUGAAUUAAAUUAGUCCUUUUCCCUAAUUAUUUCAGGAGGCUCCACGUGGACUAUCUCAGCGUAUUGUCAACUGGUAACUGGAAUAAUAUUAACAAAUAAUAUUAAUAAAAUGUCAUUCAUGACAAAGUUAUUUUACAUAAUAAAAUUGUCAAGUUGUCAAGAACGUGAUGACCUUUAUUGCAUAACCAUUAGUUAGUGCGCACGUGGAAUGAUCUGAAUAAAUUUACCGGUAGGUACAGUCAAGACAGGGUGGAGUUUUAUUUUUUCUUGGUGUAUUGUAGGAUCUGCAUGCAAAUCAAGAAUACUCAAAUUUGACUACUCAAGUUUUUAUAAUAAUAACAAUAAAAUUAGUUAUGGAAUUGUUUAAAUUUUUGGUAUCGAUUUCACAGUUUCUAGUAAGGCUUGUUUCUUUCUUUUUCCCAAGGUACAUUUCCAACCAUCUUCAUGGCUUGUUUGCUGGGGCCUGGGAUCCACAAACGAAAGAUCCGCUACCAGUUGAUAUACCACUUCCAAAUCAAUCACAAGGUAUUGAUGAUUUGAAAAUUAUGAACAGAACUUGUUUACAAAUUUUUGAGACAAAGCUUUCACUUCAAGAACUGUGGGGUGGCUAGCAGUUCCUGGCAGCCCUUAGCUGGCAACUUACUCUCACCUUUGGCCUCUGGUGUAGCCAGCAAGAUUUUUGCACAAAAAUAUCUUAAAUUAAAAAAGUGUGGUGCACCGCAGCUUCAAAUUAUAGGUUUUUUAGAGCAUUCAGGGUUGUUACUCCUUUCUUGAGAGCACAGCCUUGAUUUUCAAGUUAACUGUUUAUUUACUGAGGUCUUUCUUUAAAAUGUGUUUUCAGUUGAUGAAUGUGUCAGGCUAGUAUCAAAGUCUGUCCAUCCUGUUGUUAUACUGGGAAGCCAGUCAACAUUACCUCCUGUACCAGCCGAGAAACUUAGGCGGGCUUUAGAGGUAAGUAGUACAUUGUUAUUACUAUUAUUAAAUUAUUAUUCAGUAGUUCUUCUUUAAGUCAUGCUGUCAUCCAUAGCAGAGUGAAAGGCAGGACUUUUCAAUGGCAAUGUGUAAAAUCCAGUGUCUCUCUCCUUCUCUCCCCCAACCCAUCUCUUGUAUGCAGUAGUGUUGGAUUACAUUUUUGACAUUUAGAUGAAAGAUGAUCAUGUGGCACUUACAGGCAAAGAAAGUCAGUUUUACAGCUUGCCAAUCAGGCAGAACAUAGUAAUCUGUUCAAGAACCUAAAUAGCCUAGAUUUAAAUUUGUGCUAAUUACCAUUUAUGUGAUAAUCUGUUUAGGCUAAUGUGGGAACAUGCAGGUUCUUACUCACGGGUUUUAUCUGUAUUUUUUCUUUUCACUCUUCCAAACAGACAAGUACUCAUCAGAGAUAAGAGAGAACUUGUCCCUGACUAGCAGAGCAGUGGAAGCUUUUUGCAUGGCAAAGAAAAAGUUUAAUCUUAAGUCUCUUCUUUUGUGUGACUAUUUAUCAGUGGAGGAUAACUUGUAAUUUUAUUUUUUAGGAAUUAGGUAUCCCAUGUUUUCUUGGAGGUAUGGCUCGCGGUCUGCUAGGAAGGAAUAGCAAUCUACAUAUACGCCAAAGAAGAAGAGAUGCCCUUAAAGAGGCUGAUCUUGUUAUUUUAGCAGGUAAAACUGAUUACUACAACUACACUUGAAAGAAUCCUUGCAGUCAAAAUUUGUACGGGCCUUCCGAUCCAACAAGGGCGAUGCCAAUGAAAAUGUCGCUGAAAAAUAGACUUCGCAACCUUUGAAACUUUUUUGCCCUUACACUAAGUCACAAAGUUACUUGACAGUUGGGAAGCUAGGUUGGAACUGAAGAGAGGAUCGAGACCUCAUCUGAGUUCAGAGAGAAAUGGUAGAAUUUGUUGCUCUGCUGUUCCCAUUCUCAAGUCAACUUAAAAUUUGGUCAUUUCACAUCAGAGUUGUUCAGUGAUGGCAAAGAAAUGUACAAAUAAGUGUGAUGCAGGUUCAGAGGUGUUGUUUUGCUUAUAAGACUUAUAUUGUGUUAAUUUUAGAUGUUCCUAUUGCCGUUGCCAUUGAAAUUCCUAUUUUUGAGGUUCCUAUUUUUAGUUAUGAAGAACUCUGGUGAUGGCCACUAGACUCUCACAUUUAUUGUUGAAAUGACACUUUCAGCAACAGGCCUCACCUUGAUAAUCAUGUUCUACCCACAUUUAAUAAUAUCAUGGUAUUAAAUUUCUUUUACAUUUGUUUUAUAGGAACUGUAUGUGAUUUUAGACUGUCAUAUGGCCGGGUGCUGAACAGAAAAUCCAAAAUUAUUGCUGUUAAUAGGAAUAAAAGUCAGUUGUUCAAGGUAAAAAUAUUUGAAACAAUGAAUGCAUGCAUGAAUGUCAUAUAGUAGAUCUGCGAGAUGAAGAUUACAUGUGAAGACAAUCAUGGCUGUUAUAGAUGCAGCCAUGGGGAAAAUAAAGCUUCAAAAAAUUCAGGAUUAUUUGGGAUAAUGCUGCCUUGACUGGGCCCAAACCAGUAUGGUGACUUAGCCAGGGAUAUGUCCUUUCAAAAGGGACAAAUUGUUUGCAGCUUUGCCAGGGUAAACCAAAUAAAAUUGCGUGCUACUCUGUAGAUUUCCAGUUGUAUAAUCAAGUCUUUUUUUUGCCACAUAGAAACCUAAACAUUUUAUUCAGGUUGCUAUCUUGCUUAAGCUUUCCAAAAUUCCAAGAUAUUUUGUCAUAGUAGAAAAUGGAUUGGAAAUUAAUAUUUUCUUAGCAGGAAAUUUUCUGGUAAGAAUAAUCAAAACUUUGGGUUUACCUUGUGAUGUUGACCUCUUUCUUCAGAGAUUCAGGAAAAGGAAAAAAAAAGUCCUUUUCAGUACAUACUGUAAAAUGGAAUUUUCAUUGUUGAGUGAAAGUGAUUCAGCUGGACUGUAUAGAUUUGCCAUUACAAUAGAAUUUAUAUUUUUAGUAUUAUUUAUUUGUUUUAUUACCCUUGCAUUCAUUUUCUUUCAGAAUUCCGAUAUGUUUUGGAAGCCUACUGUUGCAAUUCAAGGUUAGAAUUUACUCAAGUUAUAAAGUUUUACUUGUAUGUCUCCCAAGUGAAAGAUCUGUGUUUUGGUGAGUCUAAGACAGUCAUAAUAUAUGAGGAAGGCCUUUGAAUGGCAAAAGCCUACCUAGAACUGUAUUACACAUGAUACUCUGUCAGUAACACUCACAAAUUUCCCAUGUUGUUGUCAUGGUAACAGGUGAUCCAGCCACCUUUAUCGUGUCUCUGCAUCAAGCUCUCAAAGGAUACAACUGUCCCGCUGACUGGGUGGACAUGUUAAAAGAAAGAGACAUAGAGAAAGAGAAGGCUAACAGGUAACAAUGUUGGACUUUGCUUUGAAACCCUCAAUAAGACACUCAUUGAUAACCUGGUGGUUUUUGACCUCGAUCUUCCUCCCUUCCUAUUUUCUGUGGGGCUCUUACAUUGUACAUGUAUGGGAAGCUUGAUCAGGGGUGUGCAAAACCAUUCAUUUUACUACUUUGUUUAAGACAAGCGACCGUUUUUCAUGUACCUUGUUUAUUUCUUUUUGCAUACUGAAUUAUUUUUUAACAAUAAUUUGACAGGAUAAGAUAUUUGAAAAAUACAAGCAUUGUUUUAUUAUUCAUUCAAAAUGUUCUUAACAUUGUUUACCUCCUAAUUGUCUUUCUUCAAAACAUUUGUCACUUUCUCAGGAUGGUUUCAGAAUAUACACAGAUUUUUUUCCUGCGCAGAUACACAAAAAAGAGAUGGCAUCCAUCAAGCAAGAUUUUCUUCUGUUGAGUUUUAGUCAGAAAAUUCAGCUACAUGUAUUUUGUCUUCAUUUAGCCAUGAACUCUUUCAUUGUUUAGUUAUGUGCUGAUUGUUGGGGGAUUAAAGCCUUCAGAAAUGGUUAAAAUAAUUCGAAUUUUUUAAAAUAAACACUCAAAGACUGUGCACUGCCAGUGUUCACUUCCUGCUGUUUAAGGCUUCCAGCCAAGAAAGAUAUCUUGUUCAAGAUGUUUAUAUAUAAAGUUGUUUACCUUGGUCAAAUAAGGGAGUAUCCCCCUUCCCAUGGGCUUAAACCUUGUUUUCAGCAUGCGUAUACACGAGGUAUUCUCCACUGUUUUCUCCAUCCAUUUUCUGUGGUACUGAUAACAUAAUUUUUUUUCCUUGCUUAUUAUGAGAAGGAAAUCAUCACCAAGUGAGAUAGAUCUUGGUUGUUGAGAAAAUUUUCCUCCUCAGUAACAUUAAUAAUUCAUAGGACAUUUCUAAAGAAGGGCAUGGAAAAUAUGCUAUAAGGUUACAGAAAUGAUAAUUAUUUAUUCAUCAUUAUAAGGUAGUUGCUAUUAAACACAGGGUAAAACCAGUGAAUGAAAAAUAACUGAAGAACAAUUACAAGUAUGAACUUUGGACCUUCAGGUUUUCAGAAGGUCGAUCAAAUUUGAGGCUGACUAACUGCCUGUAUUUCUUUUUUUUAUCUGAACAGUCUCAAGUCUCAGGAAUCAGUCAAGCAACACCUAAACCCCCUGAAGCUGUUAUUUACCUUGGAGAACAUCAUGUCUAACAACAGCAUUAUUGUAGCUGAUGGAGGAGACUUUGUAGGCACUGCAGCUUACAUUCUCAGGUACUGGCAAAGCCUAGGGUUAGCUCUCUUCAAAGUAAUGCAAAAUAGCCCUCUCAGAGAUUUUGGCAGGAAACAGUUUCAUUGUUAGAUGUCAUGUGACAUCAGAGUAGGAAAGAGUAACCAGGUAUAUAUAACAAUAGAUCUUAUUUACCUUUACAUAUUAUAUAUUCUGUUCACCAAAACUACUUUAACCAUCUCUCCCUACAAAUUUACUGAUUAUUACUAAUUUCCUCAUUUUACUUGUAGGCCUCGUGGUCCAUUAACAUGGUUAGAUCCAGGAGCAUUUGGAACCCUUGGAGUGGGUGGGGGAUUUGCCUUGGGUGCCAAGCUGUGCCGACCUGAAUCUGAAGUCUGGGUCAUUUAUGGAGAUGGAUCUUUAGGUUAUAGUGUUGCCGAAUUUGAUACUUUUACAAGGCACAAGGUACUAUAUAGUAGUUUUUGAUUAAAUGCAAAGAAGAUCGUUGCUGUUAAAGAUGCAACUUACAGGGUUUUCACCAGGCAUCGGAGAUCGGAGAAUUCUCCAUUAAUUUUACUACCCAGAAUUCUCCUGCUCCCGUUUAGUAGCCUCUCACUAUUUUUUAUUCAGACAGAGCCUCUUUCAAAAUAUUCUCCUGUAACGUUACACCUUUCUCCUGCUACUAGAAUUCUUAGUAAAAACCCUGAACUUAUCUUCUUUGCAUUUAUUUCUUCAUCCUGGGAUUCCAAUUUAUGAAAUUCAUAGAGUCAUCUCAUUAUUCUGUUAGCAAAAUGAAUUCUUGAAACCAAUUGAAAAUUUUCAAUGCUAUUGAAGUUGACAUCAAAUUAUUGAUUUUUUUAAAAGUUAAUUUUAUCUAGUUGCUGAUUUAGGCAGACGAUAUAAAUUAAAUUUUUUCUUUGUCUAAAUUUAUUCUAGACACCAGUUAUUGCUCUUGUUGGUAAUGAUGCCUGUUGGUCUCAAAUUGCUCGUGAGCAAGUUCCUAUGUUUGGUUCUAGUAUAGGAUGUGACUUAGAGGUAAGCUUUUUCUUAUCUCCUAACCUCCCACUCCCCACCUCACAAAACCAACUACUGUCUUUAGCAAUAUAGUCACUUAAUUAUUCUCUUUAGAGGUAUUAAAGCUAGCAAAAAUUGCAAGGACACAUGAUGUAAUCACCUGUAGCAAAAAGAGGCGAUGUAUAGUGAGGAGAAGGUCCUUUGCCUUCAUUAGUCACCCAUGAUUUAGCAGCAAGACUCCAAAAACGCAAGCGUUCUUUUUUUUCAUGUGUGCGUGCCAAAAGGGGGCUCAUGGUCCCCGGCAUUCGUAGCAGAGACUGCGGAAACCUGGAAUAAGAAUGACAGUUUAACCGGUGCCAUGCAUGUUUUGUGAAGAAAGCUUAGGAAAGAUUAAUGCUAAGUACGUCAAGCUUUUCCAGAAUGGGUUGGUCCACAAAUUAUGUCACUUGAAAGUGUUGAUUACUUUGGAACAAGUGAAUGGUUCAGUGGUUGAAAAAAAGGAGAAUCUUAAUAAGCAAAACUUCAAUGGCGAGGCUCACUGGUCAGGUGUUGUAAACUUUCAUUGUAUGCAAAUGAGCCUUGUGAUGAGCAUGCAGUUUAUUUUCGGUGAUGAUUGAAAUCAUUGCUCGUUGGCAAUGAUGUAAUUUCCCUCAAAUAGAGGUCUUUUGUGUAUUUAAUAUACAUGCAUACUCUAUCAAUUCAGAAACAAAUCCUCAAAUAAGAUAUAAAAAGUAAAUGACCUAAAGAUAACUCGACCCUCAAUAAAGAAGGACGUGAAAAAAUUUUGGCAAGGAAAUCCUGUUUUAUAUAGAAUUAAUCGCCUCCUCAUUUCUUAUCUAAUAGACUAAAUUUCACUAAAAUAAUUUCUUUCCACUUGCUCUACUGUCAGUGAGAAAAAUGAGAGACUACUUGAAAUCUACUCCCUAGUUAAGAGUUAUAAAGUGAAGGUUAACAAUACAGGAGAAGUGCUAUUUUUGGGGAAAGGUGUUAUUCAGUCAGUUUUUAUUCAAUCCAAAUACCCCUCAUAGGAGAUGAACCCAUGAGCUUUCUUUGUAGUUCUAUCUAAGCUCUCUGUGUCACUGAAUAACAUCUUUCUUAUGUAUUCACCAGGCGUAAAAUUCACUAUCACAUUUCUGUCAAGAGCUAUUUUGUUUUAUUGGUCAAACUGAUACCCAAGUUGAGACCCCUACAGGUUCAAUGUGUGGUUAGAAUUUGAAACAUCCAGAAUAUAAUGUACAAUUUAGUUUAUAUUAUUUCUAAGACCUUUUUCUUUCCGUGUAGUUUACAAACUAUCACAUAGUAGCUGAUGGAUAUGGUGGUAAAGGCCUGUUACUUAGCAACUCAUCCACAGCUGAGAUUGAUUCAACACUAUCAAGAGCUCAAGACCUUGCAAGAGAUGGAACUGCAGUGCUGAUCAAUGCAUUGAUUGGAAAAACUGACUUUAGAGAGGGUUCAAUUUCAGUCUAGAAAAUAGCUUUAAAUAUCAAUAUUUUUAGCAUUUAAAAUGAAGUAGCUAAUAAGAAAUAGUAAAAGACCACCGUAGUUUAGAUUGAGGUUUCACUUUCAUAUUUUUAGAAUUUUUAAUACCAGCAUGUUCAUUGUAUUGCUCAGUUUUCAUUUCUUUCCUGACAACAUGAAAACCUGAAGUUGUGACUUAUAAUGUAUUGAUCAAGAAAAUUGGUUGUUAAAUCAUGUUGCUAGUGGUUAAAGGUCAGCCAUGAAUUUAACAUGGGCAGACUUAAUUAAGCUGUCACAUUAUAAAGAACACUUUAAGUUUUAAUCAAGAACGUAUAAUAGUAUUAUUAUUAUAUUAAUUUUGAAGAGGUACAUAGCCAUACGGAUGAGGUUGGAAGGAACUGAAAAUUUUCGCAAGCAAUUUACCAGCUAAAUAAUUACUAAGUGCUAUUUUCCAGCAACUCCUUCAAAGUUAAGGUGCUCAGAACUACAAUAAGAGGCUUGGGCACCUGACAUGUCAAGGACCUUCUUUGCAUUGGAAAUGGCAGCUUAAAUAAAAGGGAGCUGAAGCAACUACAAUGGCAAUGGCAAGGAGAACAUCAAAAACACAACAGGCUUAAUAAGGAAAAUAACACCUCUGCACAUGCAGCAAACCUUUUGGUACAUAAUUUCACUGUACCACUACAUUGUGAAACUCUAUAAUCCAACAGUUUGUGGAGGACAUCAUGAAAAUUUUUUACUUCACUUCCUGAAUUCCUCAAUUUCAUGUAUUCUAUUAAAGAGUGACAUUUCAGUUUGAAAGAACAGGAAUAUUAUACUUUGUAAGUGAUGGUUUCACUGUUGUUGCCAUUGUGGUUGUUAAAGCUGCCCAACAACAGAAGAGUCUCAGGGGUUUUUUUGUCAUGCAAUGGAUUUCAAUGUCUGGCCAUUAAAUUUGACACUCGUCUGGCUGUCACCUGACAAAAUUUCAAAAGAUUCUUGGCUUAUUUUAGCCACUUAAGGUUGAUUUUCACUGACGUGUUUUUGGCUACGCACAUUAAAGCACGUAAAUUUUAAUCACAUAAAUAGAACAGAGGCAAGAUAAAAAGUGCCAAGCUUAAACGAGAAGUUGAGUGAGGUUUAAGUUCUACUCUUUGGAGUGACCUUGCAUGCACUGCCUCUAUUUUAUUUGUGAACAUAAAUUUUAUGCACACACGCAAGUAAAAAUUACACGACACUCUAAAUCAACUCUUAUUCUUAUGGUUUUUCUGAUCUGCUGCCAUUCUGAACAUGGAGGAAGACCAAGGGAUAACAAAGUGUCGGAUACUUAGGACACAGUAGCACUUGCAUCACAUUAUUACUGAGUAACAAUUCAGGGAUUUAUUAAUUUAAUUUAAAUGAAGCAGAUAUUAAGUCUGAG